AUGCAUCUGGAGAGCAAAGAUGGCGGACUGGCCUCAGCUACACUGGAGGUGGAGCUCCAUCGGACAUCUGCUCCAGCUUCUGCAGGCCCUGGAGGACUGUGGCCUGCCAGACCCACCACUAGAAACCACAACCACCACCAGGCGAACCUCACAAAUGACUUGAGGACAAGCUCUUCCUACCCAAGCCAGCAUCCUGAGCAGAGACACUGGAUUCCUGAACACAAGGCACUUGGUUCAUUUCUCACGGAGGGGAGGUCUCACUCAUCUCUGCCUCAGUUUAGCUCCAGCUCUAAAGACCCUGGCAUUACAGAAAACACUCCUUUACUGUGGAACUCCUCAUUAAAGAAGGGGACACGGUGCAUGCCUGCUUACCCAGAGUUCAUUGCUCCUGAAGAAUCUUGGGAAAAUGGCUCAGCUGACUGGGGGCCAACAUGUCUGCUGAGCAAAGGCAUGGCUGGUUUGUCUACAUCUGCCUCCUUGGAGAAAGGAGAGCUGCUGGACAGCGCUCAGCUCAGAGUCCCUCUCUCCAAGCUGAGGUGCUGUGUGCAGCUGCUGAAGACCCCGGGCCUGUUUGUCUUUGUGGCAGUGUGCUCCGUUUUAUUCAGCUUAUAUCCAGACCAAGGAGAGUUCUGGCAGCUGUUAGCUGUGUCACCACUGGAAAGCUACUCGCUGAAUGUCAGCGGUCACAAGGACUCGGCCCUGCUCCAGGUGGACCUCGCAGGGGCGCUGGUGGCCGCGGGACCCAGUCGUUCUGGGAGAGACGAGCACGUGGUGGUGGCAGUGACCCAGAUGGACACCCUGGGCUCCAGGCGGCGCAGACCAGCGCAGGUCACUCACAAUUGGACAGUAUUUUUAAAUCCAAGAAGAAGUGAACACUUGGUGGUGAGCAGGACCUUUGAGAUACUGAGCCGGGAGGCUGUCUCCAUCAGCAUCCGGGCCUCCCUCCAGCAGCCUCGGCUUGUUCCUCUCUUGCUGGCUCAUCAGUUCCACUGGGCAAGUGCAGAAAUACAAGUGACCAUUGCAGCCAUCAUUCUCAUGGGGGUCUACGUGCUGAUCAUAUUUGAGAUUGUUCACAGAACCCUGGCAGCCAUGUUGGGGGCUCUCGCAGCAUUAGCAGCUCUGGCUGUGGUUGGUGACAGACCCAGCCUGACCCACGUGGUGGAGUGGAUUGAUUUUGAGACUCUGGCCCUACUGUUUGGCAUGAUGAUCUUAGUAGCCAUAUUUUCAGAAACUGGGUUUUUUGAUUGUUGUGCUAUUAAGGCAUACCAGCUAUCCCGAGGGAGAGUGUGGCCCAUGAUCAUGAUGCUGUGUCUCAUGGCUGCCGUCCUUUCUGCCUUCCUAGACAAUGUCACCACGAUGCUCCUCUUCACUCCUGUGACCAUAAGGUUAUGUGAGGUGCUGAACCUCGAUCCCAGACAAGUCCUGAUUGCAGAAGUGAUCUUCACAAACAUUGGAGGAGCUGCCACUGCCAUUGGAGACCCGCCCAAUGUCAUCAUAGUUUCUAACCAGGAGCUGAGGAAAAUGGGCCUGGACUUCGCCGAAUUCACAGCACACAUGUUUGUUGGGAUUUGCCUCGUUCUCCUUGUUUCCUUUCCACUCCUCAGACUCCUUUACUGGAACAAGAAGCUUUAUAACAAGGAGCCCAGUGAAAUCGUUGAGCUGAAGCAUGAAAUUCACGUCUGGCGCCUGACUGCCCAGCGCAUCAGCCCGGCCAGCCGUGAGGAGACAGCAGUGCGGGGCCUGCUGCUGGCCAAGGUGCUGGCACUGGAGCACCUGUUGGCCCAAAGGCUGCGCAGCUUCCACAGACAAAUAUCACAAGAAGAUAAAAAUUGGGAGACCAAUAUCCAGGAGCUACAAAAAAAGCAUAGAAUAUCAGACAGAAUUCUGCUGAUUAAAUGCCUGAUGGUUCUGGGAUUUGUUAUCCUCAUGUUCUUUCUCAACUCCUUUGUCCCUGGCAUUCAUCUUGAUCUUGGCUGGAUUGCUAUUCUGGGUGCCAUCUGGUUGCUGAUUUUAGCUGAUAUCCAUGAUUUUGAGAUUGUUCUACACAGAGUUGAAUGGGCAACACUUCUGUUCUUUGCAGCCCUCUUUGUUCUAAUGGAGGCGCUAGCACAUCUCCACUUGAUAGAAUACAUUGGAGAACAGACUGCUUUGCUAAUAAAGAUGGUCCCUGAGGAGGAGCGCCUCACAGCCGCCAUUGUCCUGGUUGUGUGGGUCUCAGCCUUGGCAUCUUCCUUGAUUGACAACAUCCCAUUCACUGCAACCAUGAUUCCUGUGCUUCUGAACCUGAGUGAAGACCCUGAGGUCAGCCUGCCCACGCCACCACUCAUGUACGCUCUGGCCCUUGGCGCCUGCCUGGGAGGUAACGGGACGCUGAUUGGAGCAUCUGCAAACGUUGUUUGUGCAGGGAUUGCAGAGCAGCACGGGUAUGGAUUCUCUUUCAUGGAAUUUUUCAGGUUGGGUUUUCCAAUGAUGGUUGUGUCCUGCAUCAUCGGAAUGUGUUAUCUUCUUGUUGCUCACGUUGUGUUGGGAUGGAAUUAG